AUGGCUGAACCGCAGCCCCCGCAGGUUCCGCAAGCCCCGCAAGUCUCUCAAAAUCCAAUCAUCCCCGUAACAACAAAACCGUCCCCCUCUUUAUUGGCUUGCUUGCUCUGCCGCCACAAACAUCUCAAAUGUGAUGGACAAACUCCCAUCUGUGGCCGAUGUGUCGCCAGUGGCUCCGAAUGCCAAUAUACCAAAUCCCGCCGAGGUUAUCAAGGCUCCAAAAAACGUCGCGCCAAUGACUCUUCUCCUGAGACCGUCUUUGUCGAAUCCGCCGAUAUAGUGAACCCCCCCGUUGAUUGGCAUGGACAUGUUCAGGAUAACUACCACUAUAAUCCCGCGAUCAAAGUUCCAUCAUCCGGAUCAGUCAGUCCUCGGCUGAACGACAUUGCCGUCACAAUGGCGCCGCCUAUCCAGCACUCUUUCACGGGCCCACUGACCCCGGAAUCGGCCCCGUCGGUCGCUUCCGCUGUCGCCGGCGAUGGGUAUCUGCUUGAUAUUUACUACACCUAUUUCCACUCCGCUCAUCCGAUCCUCCCGCCUCUUCGGUUCCUGUUUCGCACCGGUUCGUUUCCGUCGUAUCUGGAAUAUGUAAUGAAAUUUAUUGCUUCCCACUUCACCCCAGCGGUCUCGAGUGAAACAUAUCGUCCCAACGUGGUCGCUGCAGUUUGCGAGCAGCCGUCGUCAGUUGAGAAGGUACAAGCACUUCUCCUGUUAGCUAUUGUGUUGCAUUCACGGAAUGAGCGCGGUGAGGCUGGUCUGUGUCUGGCUACUGCUGUGGACGCGGCAUUUGAACUUGGAAUGCACCAAGCGACGUUCCCUGAGCUUGCUUCCUAUGGCGACCCGAUUCGCGCGGAAUGUUUGCGCCGAACAUGGUGGGAACUCUUUGUAAUCGAGGGUUUGCUCACGGCCCUGGGAGUGCAACAGAUCUACCGCACGAAUCAGGUGCCACCUGUUGUGCCACUGCCCUGUGAGGAGCGCAUCUACCAAGACGGCAUCGCACCACCUCCGUCUCCAACAAUUGCUCAAUUUGAUGAGCGGGUCUUUGCGGACGACGAGCGGGACUUUUCGUCCUACUGUUAUCGUAUCGAGGCUGUGCGGGUUCUUGGUCGAGUAGUUGCGACGCAGGAGAUGGUGCAAGGACAGCAAGAUCAGGUCGAAGCUAUUGAUGCGCGUAUCGCCAGCUGGUUCCACCACCUUCCUGAUUCCAAAUUAGAAUUGAUCAGACCCGAUGGAUCCGUCGAUGAGAUCAUGUUCCAAGCCACUAUGAUCAUCAACGGUGCCGCAAUCUACCUCAACUUCCCGCGGUCAGAUCUGCUGUCAUCUCCCGCCGUUGCAUCGGAGGUAAUCUGUGGUCACCAUGGCCCCAUUAGCGUUCCCGCAUUCUCCCAUCACGCCCAUGCCAUGAAGGCUGUCAAGGCAGCGAGUGAGUUAUCUGCGCUUGCAGCUAUCCGUCUGCCAGUUGAGCGCCAUACUCCGUUCUUCAUCUGCGCCCUUACUCUUAGUUCGAUUGUUCAGCUGGCUGCCUGCUCCGUCAAGGCAGGCAACAUGCCUGAUCCGAGUCGUGAUCGCAUUGGUCUCACCAUUGGUGUGUUCAAGUCUCUGGCGCGGACCUGGGCUAUUUCGCAGUCCAUUAUGCGUCAGAUUAAGGCCGUGGCUCGUGACGUAUUGGAUCUCGGCGUCCGACCAACCAUGGAUCAAGUUGAUCUCACGUCGAUGCUUGAUACUGGACUUUUCUGGUCACAGGAAGGCCCGAGCUGA